AGCCUUUGACUCAAGGGCACGAAGCAAUCCUGGAAGCGCCUGCAAGGGCACGACUGCAGCAACCAUGUCCCUGCGGCGUGCAGUCACUCGCACGUCGGAGCUUCUCUCCCUGCGAAAGACCAGCCAGCGGGACCAACUUCGCCUCGGAAGCUAUCCAGUUCCUCCUGAGGCCUAUAUUUGGUGGUGCAAUCGAUCUCAGGUUCCUGGCGGCGAGAUCAAGCAGACCUUCUCGCACUUUCAGCAAAAGAUCAUGUGGCAAUGGUUCUGGAAUGCCCCAACACGUUGGUACUGGCGCCUGUCCUCUUGGGCUUGGCCAGUCGGUGUUCCAGCCCUUCUCAUGUAUAUCUUCGUCUACAAGUCUUGUGAGUGUGACGUAGAAGCAACGCUCAAGGCAAAGUCUUGGUGGUAAAGAGCUACUCGAUUUCCUGUGUGCAUUUGAAGAAGCGAAAAA